UUCUAUGAAUAUAUCACUGGGAUUUAUGAUUGUUACUUCGUAAUAUAGCCGUUAAACUUCUUUUUAUGACGCGAGAUAGUUUGAGGAAAGAACGUCGUCGCAGUGCUUUUGAAUGAUGGAACAUUGUAUUUUCGUGAGGAUUAUGCAUAAAGCGAUACUGAUGUGAUUGGCAGCUCGGAUGUCAGUCAAGGAAAUUGAUAGAAUCCGCUUAUAUAGAUACUUUGUUUAUAGUACCUUGCAGAUUAAGUGAAUAAUCAAUGCAUGACGGGACAAAAAAUACAUCAAGUACGAUGUAGUUUCCGUAAUAGUGUGUACUUUAUAAAUAUUGAGGACUAUGAUAGUUUUGUAGCCCUAUUCAAAUAUCUUUAUAAAGUAUUAUUUACGUUUCCGGCAUUUUAGAUAUGUUUUUAAGUGGCCAUAACAGUAGACCACACGAGUUCGUCCACGCGUUGCCCUGCUAUGUUGUUCAAUUAAAAAAUAAUUAACGAAAUUAAUGUUCAAAAUUUGAAACCUGCAUUGUGCAAAACUUAUAAUGCACGAGAAAAUGCAUUUCUAUGUUGAAAUAAAAAAUGCUCGUAGAUAACGAGAUUCAAAAGCAAAAGCACUUCUGUUUCUAAAACCGCUGAUGAUAGAGUAAUACAUGCUCUAAUGCGAAUGCGACUCACCACACUGUACAUCGUGCAAAAAGUUUUCCGCGCCGAUAACUCCGAAAUGCCAACAGGGCAAAGCAGCUAGACUCACCACUGAAAAUAAAGCUCGCCAAGGGAUUCAAGCUCUUCACGGGUCAAGUAUAAGCUUCCAGCAGCCGCACUUUGGUUUUCGGAACUCCGAGCUCCGUGGCGUAAACGAGAGAGGAUUAUCAGCAGCGAGAGCCGGGCCUUAACACACAUGCUGCCGCUCGUGGCCUUGGGGGAUUUUGUUGUUCCGCGGAUGAUCGUUUUCGAGAAUCGAGAGACGACGACAGCGUCUCUCGCGCCGGAGCAAGACGAAGAAGAAGGAGAGACGCGCGUGUAUAGCCGGGCCAGCGGCUGGGGUGGGAGGCGAUGUAUAAGAGCACCCGAGAAUCACUGGACGGACAUCACAGUCUCGCAAACAUGCGUCAGUUUCGGAUAGUCUUCGGCCUUUUGGCCAUCCUCGCUCUAGCGCAAGCCUUCCAGCCACGCGACAGGCGCUACGCCGGUCACGGCGGUGUAGCAUCCGCAGCCAGCUCCUCGAGCUCCUCGUCGAGCUCGUCGAGUGCUUUCGGCGGCAGCGGAACCCACACCAAGACCGACUCUCACGCAACCGGUGGUGCGACCGCCGACGCCAAAGCAACGGCUCUCGGUGCCAAUGACGGAAUCGUCUUCCAGGACGGCGGCUUCGGCGGCGGUCAAUACGGCGGUGGACACUACGGCGGUGGUAACUUCGGCGGUGGUCACGGAGGCGGUGGCUUCGGUAGUGGCCAGUACGGUGGUCAAUACGGUGGUGGACACGGUGGAGGCUUCGGCGGCAACCAAGGAGGCUUCGGUGGAGCAGGCGGUUUCGGCGGAUCCGGCGCAGGUGCCAACGCUAACGCCAAUGCCAACGCUGCGGCUAACGCCAACGCCGGUGCCGGUGCCGGUGCCGGUGGAUUCGGCGGCGGUCACGGUGGCGGAGUAGUCCCUGUCGGCUCAGUUGGUGGUGCCAUCGGUGGUGGUCCCGGCUUCGGCGGUGGUCACUCCGGAGGUUUCGUCGAAGGUGGACACCAAGGAGUCGGUGGCUUCGUCGAGGGUGGACACGGUGGUGCCGGUGGAUUCGGCGGCCAAGGUGGACACUACGGCGGCGGCAGUGGAUUCGGUGGUCAGCAGGGAGGACACUACGGCGGCGGCGGUUUCGGCGGUGGUCCCGUCGGUGGUGCCAUCGGUGGAGUUGGCCCAGUUGGUGGUGCCAUCGGAGGAGCUAACGCCAACGCCAACGCUAACGCCAAUGCCGCAGCUGGCGCCGGUGGAUUCGGCGGUGGUCACGGAGGUGGUGUUCCCCUCGGCGGUGGUGGCUAUACCGGUGGAAUCGGCGGUGGAAACGGAGGAUUCGGUGGUGGCAACUACGGCGGUGGUCACUCCGGUGGUUUCGGCGGCGGUGUACCCGUCGGUGGAUACGGAGGCAGUUUCGGCGGUGGCAACGCUGGUGCCAGUGCUAACGCUGCGGCUAACGCCAACGCUGGUGCCGGUGGUUCAGGAGGUGGAUUCCCAGGUGGAUUCGGUGGAGCUGUCCCAUACGGCGCCCCGUACGGUGGAGCCGGCGGUUUCGGUGGAAGCGGUGCUACCGCUAGUGCGAAUGCUAACGCCAACGCCAAUGCCAACGGUGUCGGUCUCUUCUCUCGUAUCAACGCCGACGACGAGGCCGAAGUCAAGGAGAAGGGCACCGUCACCGACGCCAAGGGUGUCUUCAGCAGCAGCAGCUCCAAGGUCGAUUCGACCGGCAAGGGAACCUAUGAAGUCUCCGCUGGCAAGAUCCCCGCGUAAACGCAUCAUCGAACAUCUUUUUUUUACUAAGAAAACUCGAAAAAAAAAUUGUUGAGCAACGGCGAGAGAAGCAAUCGAUAUCUUUCGUCGCGCGCGUUUUUUUUACGAAAAAAAAAUCAGGAUGAGUCAAAAAUCAUUGACGACACUACCCUAUCUUCAGGGUGGGAUGUAUAAACAUUCCUUUCUUUAAAUGAUACGCUUGAAUUAUUAUAUACUCGCCGCGCGAAUCGCGGCUCUCGAUUAACGCAUUUCGUUUGUUAUGCGUGACGUGAGAGAGGAAAAAGAGAACGAGGUCGGCCCUGGUCUCUCUCUCUCUCUCUCUCUCUCUCUCUCUCUCUCUCUCUCUCUCUCUCUCUCUCUCUCUCUCUCUCUCUCUAGCGAUUAAGAUCCGAGCUCAUGGCAUUUGCAAAUCGAAUCUCUCACGCUCGCUGAGUAAUUACUUAAGUCUAUAAGUGAAUCGCAUUGUGAUAUUAAUAAACGUCGAUGACUUUGAAAA